UUGUUUGAUAUAUGUAUUGGAAAGAAUUUAAUCAAAGAUCAAACAUCAGAUGAUGAUUCCAGCAGUGACGUCAGUUCUGUGCCUGCAAAACGAGCAAGAACUGAUACCUAUGGAGCAUCAUCAACUACAUCACAUGGAUCAGUUUUGCCAGAUUCUGAGGAUGAAGAAACACCCGAUUCUUGUGACCACAGUCAGCUGACUGAAAAUGAUAAUCCGACAAAAACCACCUUAAAUUAUUCUGAACAUAGCCCCGAGGGCAAUUUGAGGCUCAGCCGGAGUAGCUUAAGUGAGAAUUGUUCAUCGCCUAAUGAACAGUAUGAGGAAUAUAGACAUGAAGAUAAUGACGCAGACAACGAUGACGUGUCAAUGAGGCCUAGCUUUAGUACCAUGAAUGAUAAUAAUUUCUAUAGCAAAAACACCGACCAAUCUAGCAAAAUUGACGAAACAGUUAGUGGUCAAUAUUCAGAAAAAUCUAAACGUAUGAUGAGCAACAUGGGAUUUAAACCAGGUAAAGGUUUGGGUAAAUUUGAACAUGGACGCGUGGAACCUGUGGAAGCCUCAACGCAAAAAGGAAAAAGAGGUUUAGGUUUCCAAGCAUCUACUGUAGGAGAGGCACCAAAAGAUUUUAAAUGGACUCCCGAUAGUUCUCCUCCCGAGGCCUCUGAAGAAGUACUUUGGAUGCCAACACCUCCAUCAGAGACCCUUUCUGGCGAUGUAUUAGAUGAAUGGCUUCAAAGAGGUUCAAAAAAAUUGACAAUUGAUGAUGAAACUAAUUUUGUUGAUCAACAUAUUUUGCAAGGAGUUCUUAAAUCAAAGUCGAUUUUCGACACUUUGGAUGACGAAGACAUGAGAAAUGCACGAUUUCGUAGUAAUCCAUAUGAAACGAUUGGCGCUGUUAUUUUUUUGAACCGCGCAGCUGUUAAAAUGGCUAACAUAGACGCAGUAUUCGAUUUUAUGUUCACAAAACCUAUGAAGCCAAGUGGUGAACCUGCCGUAGACACGAAAGAUAUGUUAUACUUUGCCGACGUUUGUGCUGGUCCUGGCGGUUUCUCUGAGUAUGUUUUAUAUCGAAAAGGCUGGAGAGCUAAAGGAUUCGGAUUCACAUUAAAAGGGCCUAAUGAUUUUAAAUUAUCGGACUUUUAUGCGGCAACACCCGAGACGUUCAAUCCGUAUUAUGGCGUAAAAGAGGAUGGCAACAUUUUUGACCCAGCAAAUCUUACGUCACUAAAAGAUUUUGUACUAAAACAAACGGAUGAUCAAGGUGUACAUUUUCUGAUGGCUGAUGGUGGAUUUUCAGUGGAGGGACAGGAAAACAUACAAGAGAUUCUCUCCAAACAGCUCUAUCUGUGCCAAUGCCUUGCUGCUUUAAUGCUCGUGCGUACUGGAGGACAUUUUGUUGUGAAAUUGUUUGAUGUGUUCACGCUUUUUAGCGUCAGUCUUAUCUACAUUAUGUAUCGUUGUUUCGAGAAAGUGUCUAUCCAUAAACCUGUGACUUCAAGGCCUGCUAAUUCAGAGAGAUAUCUAGUGUGUAAAUGGAAGAAGCUCGGUACAGAGUCUGUCGAACACCAUCUGUAUUCAGUUAACUCUAUGCUAUGGAGAGGACUUGAUCGUGAGGAAGACAUAACUGGGCUCGUUCCUUUGAGUGUGCUGCAAGAAGACACGGCAUUCUUUGACUACAUAUACAAAAGCAACUGCAUGCUAGGUGAAAGACAAAUAAAAAAUUUGCUCAAAAUAGCUGCAUUUAGUAAAGAUAAGAAUUUAUCAGAGCCAAAUCAGGCGCUUAUGAGGACAGAGUGCUUAGAACUAUGGCAGUUGCCUGAUAAGGUAAGAACUCAACCGGAGAGACUUAACCCAGACGAUACGCUUAUGAGAAUUUUAAACAGUAUGGAAAAACGCGCUUCGGAUUCACAUAAUGCGCAUUCCUUUAAGACUGUUGUGUUGGGCAAACAACCAAUAUAUUUAAAGCAAAUCUCCGAUAUAGAAAUAUUAAAAAAUGUCUACGACUGGCAUUUCACUUUUUUGAGCAGCGGGAAAAAUAGUCCCGAACUAAAGAUAUUUUUAGGCUGUGGAGGUAAGAGAGUAUGUCAGUUGGAAUCAAAUGGAUGGAAAAAUGUUCUUGAUCUACACAUAACAAUUCCUGCAAAAACCCUUUUUUACGGAGAGAUUGUAAAAGAGUACCAUGGACAAGGGCUCCACCAAAUGUUCAAUAAAGCAAUUCAUAUCAUUGAUGCCUUGAUGUUGGGUGGUAUUGACAUAUCAAAUAUGUCAUUAACAGAAAGAUUAAACCAAUGCUAUUUGUUUUGCACUGCUUUAGAAAAACAAUCCUGUGAUCUUGCCUUACGUUGCAAAAGGUUUUAUAAUAUGGAGAAUUUUUCAAAGGGUGUAAGUAACUUAGAGUACCGAGCUAUGAAAAGGGUGAAGAAAGCGGUUACUAUAAAUAUCCCAAUGAGAAGUAAUAGAAAAGAGAUGUAUCAUGUUGUGGGAUCUGUACUGUUUUUGAAAGAAAUAAGAGAACCUUGGAUUGCACAAAUAUCGAAGAAAACAGGAUUUAAAUACUACUUCAAAAUUGGAAAGGAUAGAAAACCAAGGAGUGAAUAUUUUUUGUUAGAAGAGGCGCAACUAGAUAUGUUGAGUGCGUAUUCCGGUCGUGUUUUGUGGCCUUGGGAAGAUGCAGCAGGCGCAAUCUUUGAAGGGCAACCACAAGUCGGAAUUUCGAGAGUUGAUAUGGAAGAAUACAUUACACAAAAUAUGAUAAGAUAA